AUGACAACCACAGUCACAGAAACUAGAUACCGAGUUCCAGAGAACCUUGAAGACACAAUGUUUGAAUCAAGCCCCAGCAGAUCCAGCUCACGUACUACAGUCACUACAACUCGCUCCACAGAUCCUGUAUACACAGAUUAUCUAGGAGACCACGAUACCAGAUCAACACGAACUGUCCAUAAUUCACAGGAAAAAGGUACAACAACUACCACAGUGGAAACGCGAUAUGACAGUUCUUCCUAUGGAGACACAAGUCAGUAUGAUCCUCAGUCUUCCAGCAAUAAAGGAAUCCUUUUUGUAAAAGAGUAUGUCAACACAAGAGAUAAUCUGAAAUCUCCAACCACUGCUGGACGUCUCCCAGAUUUCUCAGGUGACUCUGAGACAUCCUACAGCAGCAGUUCUAGUUAUCUGUACAGCAGUGCACCAAGGAGAUCUGACGAAGGUCCCUGCACUUACUGUGGUCGUGAAAUCAAAGACUGUGCUAAGAUCAUGCUAGAUCACCUUAAUAUCUACUGCCAUGAGUAUUGUUUUAAGUGUGGAAUUUGCCACAAGCCAAUGGGA